AUAAAAAAUAAAACAAAAACCAAAAUGAGGUAAUCGGACAAAUGAUCAAGAUAACCCACACCAACAUGGCUGAUGGAAGGAACACUUGUUUUGAAUAGAGCGAUUUUAGCGUCUUAGUUCAUCACCAAGAGCUUAAAUAUGUCUUGACUGGUAUGGCAGAAUCUUAAGUGAGAGAGCAUCACAAUGGGCAACAAACACAGCUGUUGUGUUUAUCCUGGGGGAAGGUCGGGUCAUUCUGCUUCAAGUCAAAAGGGAGGAGGUACAGGUUCAGAACCAAACCCUGAGGAAGUCUCAGAAGAUCCACAGUGUAAUUUGCAACAUAUUAGUGAGCGCGAGCCAGACGAUUUGGAUCAGGACCCCAGCCUUCACCCGACGGCUGGCCCUCUCUUCCUUACCAAGUCAAAGCAGGUUAUAGAGAAUGGACUAGUCAGAAGAAGAAGUAGAAGUCAUUUGGAAGAUGGACGUACCCUCAAGAAAUCUUCCUCCUGCUCAACCAUCUACCUGGAUGACUCAACGGUGUCACAGCCCAACUUGAAGAACACAAUAAAGUGUGUUGCUCUGGCCAUCUAUUACCACAUUAGAAAUCGUGCUGAUAAUCGCAUUCUGGACAUAUUUGAUGAAAGGCUUCAUCCUUUGAGUCGGGAAGGAGUUCCUCCAGAUUAUGACAGACAUAAUCCUGAGCAUCGACACAUCUAUAAAUUUGUGCGCACAUUAUUUAAUGCGGCACAACUCACUGCUGAAUGUGCAAUUAUCACACUAGUCUACCUUGAAAGGUUACUGACAUAUGCUGACAUUGACAUGACCCCUGGAACAUGGAAGCGCAUUGUCUUGGGUGCAAUUAUUCUGGCCAGCAAAGUCUGGGAUGACCAAGCUGUGUGGAAUGUCGAUUACUGCCAGAUACUUAAGGAUAUAUCUGUAGAUGACAUGAAUGAAUUGGAACGCCAAUACCUAGUAAUGAUUCAGUUUAAUAUCAAUGUGCCGUCCUCUGUGUAUGCUAAAUAUUACUUUAGCUUACGUACGCUAGCAGAGGCCAAUGACUUGACUUUCCCAGCAGAACCCCUAAGUAAAGAACGAGCACAGAAACUAGAAGCUAUGUCCCGCAUUUGUGAGGGCAAGUAUGCAGAACAGUUAUGCCGUAAUGGUCAUAAAAAGUGGAGCAGUCUGGAUAAUGUCCAUGCUGCUUCUCGACGUUCAGUGGCUAUUCUGUCAUGAUCUUGGGUCCACAAUAGAAUCGUCACGCACAGAGGCCUGUAGCUUCAUCAGGGUAAAUGCCCUCAUUCUUUAUUUCAAUCCAUAGUGUGUUAACAGCAUUGUCAGUCCUGCUUGUCACUCACCUUUGGGACCAGGGAGUAAAUAGUAGUAACACGAUCCAUUAAUGUAAAGUCCGUUACAACAUGGUUCAAAACCAGAUAUGAUAAAUUGAGACAAGACGGUAUGAUGUUUGCAGGAAAUGAUCUUAGUGAAUUCAUUGAAAGCAUGAUACUAAACAUUGUUCAGAAGCACUGUUUCAUUUAGUAAAGUUGAAUUCCAUUACAAAAGUAUGUCUUCUAGAAAAGAGUCAAGUUCAGUCUGUGAUUAGUAAUGCAACAUUAAGGAGUGCAGAAGUGGAAGAGUGUUGAAUUCAAGAAGCGAAGUAUGUCAGUGUACACUCAAUGGAAAGUGUAUUUACCCCUGGCUGUUAGCAUGAGAUAUUUCUUAAGUAAUGAUAUACAAAUGAAAUAAAGCUUGAAGAGACAGCAUUAGCUGAUAUUCUGUGCAGUGAUUUAUAUGCAGGUGUCAUAUUUGCAUCUGCUACAGUGACUAA